UCCUUCAAUCAAGAAGUGAUAACUGCAAAGCCUGUCUGUGAAUUUUCGUUUUCUAAAUUCGAUUUCCUUGCUUCUCUGUGGUGUUUUCUUUGAUCUGGUGAAGUAUGGCCGGAAAAGGUGAUGGUCCUGCGAUCGGAAUUGAUCUCGGAACGACUUACUCGUGCGUAGGGGUGUGGCAACAUGACCGUGUUGAGAUCAUAGCUAAUGAUCAAGGCAACAGGACUACGCCUUCCUAUGUUGCUUUCACUGACACGGAGCGUUUGAUCGGUGAUGCUGCCAAGAACCAGGUCGCCAUGAACCCUAUCAACACUGUUUUUGAUGCGAAGCGUUUGAUUGGAAGGAGAUUCAGCGAUUCCUCGGUUCAGAGCGACAUCAAGCUCUGGCCUUUCAAGGUCAUUGCUGGUCCUGGAGACAAGCCAAUGAUAGUGGUCAACUACAGGGGUGAAGAGAAACAAUUUUCGGCAGAAGAAAUCUCGUCAAUGGUGCUGAUAAAGAUGCGAGAGAUUGCCGAGGCAUACCUAGGCACGAGCAUAAAAAACGCCGUCGUUACAGUUCCUGCAUACUUCAAUGACUCGCAGAGGCAGGCGACGAAAGACGCUGGAGUCAUUGCUGGCCUCAAUGUGAUGCGAAUCAUCAACGAACCUACUGCCGCUGCCAUUGCCUAUGGCCUCGACAAGAAAGCGAGCAGUGUCGGCGAGAAGAAUGUGCUCAUCUUCGAUCUUGGUGGUGGAACAUUCGAUGUGUCACUCCUCACGAUCGAGGAGGGCAUUUUUGAGGUUAAGGCUACGGCCGGUGAUACUCAUCUCGGCGGUGAAGACUUUGAUAACAGAAUGGUGAACCAUUUUGUUCAGGAGUUCAAGAGGAAGCAUAAGAAGGAUAUUAGCGGAAGUCCAAGAGCUUUGAGGAGAUUGAGGACUGCAUGUGAGAGGGCGAAGAGGACUCUCUCCUCAACUGCACAGACUACAAUUGAGAUUGAUUCUCUGUUCGAUGGUAUUGAUUUCUACACAACUAUUACCCGCGCUAGAUUCGAGGAGCUCAACAUGGAUUUGUUCAGAAAAUGCAUGGAGCCCGUGGAGAAGUGUUUGAGGGAUGCUAAGAUGGACAAGAGCGGUGUCCAUGAUGUGGUUCUGGUUGGUGGGUCUACUAGGAUUCCCAAAGUCCAGCAACUGUUGCAGGACUUCUUCAAUGGGAAAGAGCUGUGCAAGAGCAUCAACCCUGACGAGGCAGUUGCAUAUGGUGCUGCAGUUCAGGCCGCCAUUUUGAGUGGUGAAGGGAAUGAGAAGGUUCAGGACCUUCUGUUGCUGGAUGUCACCCCUCUUUCUCUUGGUUUGGAGACCGCCGGAGGUGUCAUGACUGUACUGAUUCCGAGAAACACCACCAUACCCACCAAGAAGGAGCAGGUGUUCUCCACCUACUCUGAUAAUCAACCUGGUGUGUUGAUCCAGGUGUAUGAGGGUGAGCGAACUAGGACCCGUGACAACAAUUUGUUGGGCAAAUUCGAGCUCUCUGGUAUUCCUCCUGCCCCUAGAGGUGUACCACAGAUCAAUGUUUGCUUUGAUAUUGAUGCGAAUGGCAUCCUAAAUGUCUCCGCUGAAGACAAGACGACUGGGCAGAAGAACAAGAUCACCAUCACCAACGACAAGGGCAGGCUCUCCAAGGAAGAGAUUGAGAAGAUGGUACAGGAGGCGGAGAAGUACAAAUCAGAGGACGAAGAGCACAAGAAAAAGGUGGAGGCUAAGAAUGCAUUGGAGAAUUAUGCAUACAACAUGAGGAACACAAUCAAGGAUGAAAAGAUCGGCGCCAAGCUCCCACCUGAAGACAAGAAGAAAAUAGAGGAUGCAAUUGAGCAGGCAAUCCAGUGGCUGGAUGCAAACCAGCUAGCAGAGGCAGAUGAGUUUGAGGACAAAAUGAAGGAGUUGGAGAGUCUCUGCAACCCCAUCAUUGCUAAGAUGUACCAGGGAUCUGGUGGAGGCGAUUUUGGUGGGGCCAUGGACGAGGAUGGUCCUUCUGCUGGAGGUGCUGGUGGAAGUGGUGCAGGACCUAAGAUUGAGGAGGUUGAUUAGAUUAAGAUGUUCCUGGUUUUGUUAAAGGUCUUCAAGUUUGGAAAUAUGGAGUGAGUCUGUUUUUGUCCACAUAUAUGAUGUUGUUGUCUUUCCUUUUUUGGUGUAUAUGAUGAUGAUAAUGGUUUUCUCAAUGUAAAAUUUCGUCUCCUUCAUUUCUCA